CCCUCCAUAAAAACCUACCACACCACAAGUUUCUUCCAAUCAAAAUCCAAUUGAAUCUACCAAAAGUUUUCAUCUUUUGCUUUCUGAAUUGUGUGUGUUGAACACCCAAAUAACCAUGUCUCUCAUUCAUCAACUUCUCCGUGAUGAAACCUACGACCCUUUCCUUUCUAUGAUGAACAAGUGUCCUGUUCUAAGCACCCCAACAGAUUGGAAAGAGACCAAUGAUGCUCACGUGUUCAUAUCUGAUCUUCCAGGGAUGAAGAAAGAAGAUGUGAAGGUGGAGGUUGAUGAAGGAAGGGUUCUUCAGAUCAGUGGUGAGAGAAAAAAACAUGUUGAUGAUGAUGAUGAUGAUAAGAACAACAAGUGGCAUCACAUUGAACGUUUCCAUGGAAAGUUUCAAAGGAGGUUCAAGCUUCCAGAGAAUGCUAAGGUGGAUGAAGUUAGGGCUAGCAUGGAGAAUGGUGUGCUUGUUGUGACUGUUCCUAAGCACGAGGUGAAGAAACCACAAACCAAAGUGAUUCAAAUUGAGGGAAACUAAGAAUUUUGGAACCUUCCAUGUCAAAUUCAACACUAGACUUUGUUGUUGUUGUUGUUGUGUGUGAGAAAGAUGUUUGAAUUAGAAAAUAAAAGGGUUUUGCUAUGUAGCCUACAUGUUUGUGACAUUGUUCGUUGCUGUGUUUUGUACUUUGUUUGAUAUAUAUGAUCGUGUAGAGUGUUAUGGUUUACUUCCAAGGUUCUUGGAGUUAUGAUUCUAAUUUCAAUGUUUACUUUC